AUGAGAGUCCAGUUCUGUCAACUUCUGGAGGAGGGAGCAGAGGAGCCGGGUCCAUCGUCCUCAGUAGCAGGCGUCCUCCAUGUGUGCCUGCAGCGGGCCGGCCGGCUGGAGCUGUGGCUGCAGGAGGCCCGGAGGAGCCUGGUGACCUCCACCAUGCAGGAGAACGUGGAGCAGCAGCUGCUCACCUGCCAGGAGAUGUUCCUGGAGAUCGAGCAGAAGGUGAAGACUCUGUCAUCACUUGGUCACGUUUCUGACCUGCAGCCGCACCUGGGGGCUGAACUGGGACCUGAACUGGGACCUGAACUAGGAGCUGAACUGGGACCUGAUCUGGGACCUGAAUUGGGACCUGAACUGGGACCUGUGGGAUCCCAGCAGGAGGCCGCUGAGUUGCUCUCCUCCAAACUGGAGCUCCUGAAGUCCAACCUGGUCUCGUUCCAGCAGGUGCUCCAGGACCGACAGGAAGAGGAGAGGACGACCAACCGCAAAGAGCCACAGUUGGUACCGGACGCAGAGCGCCACCUUGAGUCCAGGUUGAGGCGCAGCAGCAGCGUUCAGGAGAUCUUCUCGUCCCCGAGGAACAAGCUCCUCAGACAGAGCAGCCUGCAGCAGCAGAAGGAGCUGGAGCAGGAGCUGAGUGAACAGCGAGGACUGACUCAGGCCAUCGCUCGACAGGGCAGCAGAGCUCGACUUCACAGCCCCGAGUCGGAGGGCCACACCCAGCUGUCACCAGGUUCACCUCCUGCUGAGGCUGAUGUGGUCGGCGGCGCCGUCCCCUCGGCGUGGGACGGGCUUCACAGCCGGCUCCUGGCUCUGGAGGAGAGCUGGCUGCUUCCUCCCUCUGAGGGCCUGGUAAGAGCUGUGUGA